AAGGAAAAAAAGUGAACACUUCUUCUAGAGAAGCCACCGUGCUCGAUCGGAGCUCCCGGCUUCAAAUUUUAAACCUAAAACAACUAGAGACAUUCUGGAGCCUUUUUGGGGACAAGAAGGUGCUAUGGAAGAGGCUGCAGCUCCCUUUAAAACUUGCGAGGCAGAUGGGGCCGAGGCAGGUGCCGAGGCAGCGGGGGAGGGUGUGUCUGGGCCGGGCCUCCCCGGGUUCGAGGUCUCUGGAGAGUCUGCAACUUUAGGUGUAAAUCCUCCCGACGUGCCUUCGGGCCUGGCCUCAUUCCCUGUGGCUCCUGGCCCAGCUCACCCCGGCACAGAGGCUGUGGGGCACGCCCAGGCCGCAGGGGGCGGGGCCAACCCCAACCCUCUUCCGGAACCGAACAAUGGCGCCUGGAGAAAGCAAAUCGUCUGCAGGUAUUAUCUGCAUGGGCAAUGCAAAGAGGGGGAGAACUGCCGCUACUCCCACGACCCCUCUGUGCGGCAGAUGGCCAGGGAGGGCCACGUUUCACCGCCUGAGGCCUCUGCAGACAGAGGACCUAGUAUGGCUGCGGCUGCGCCUGCGGCUGCGGCUGCGCAGAGCGAGCCCCCGACUCAGGAAGUGGCGGAAGCCCCUCCUGCUGCAUCCUCAAGCUCCUUGCCUCUGAUUGGCUGGGCUGCUGAAAGGGGUUUCUUUGAAGCUGAGACAGACAAUGCAGGCCUUGAAGCUGCCGGAGGAGCAGGUGCACAAGGCUGGGAGGGUGCCGUUGAGUUUGUUCCUGGGCAGCCCUACCGAGGCCGCAUGGUCCCACCGUAUGGUCCCGAGGCUCCUCUACAGAGGCCGGUGCCUGAGAGAGAGCAGAUGGCUGUGGGCAUGGGGAUGCAGCUUUGCCGCUAUGCUGCCAGGGGACGAUGCUUUAAUGGGGAGAGCUGUUUUUACCUCCACGGAGAUAUAUGCGACAUGUGUGGGCUGCGGGCCUUACACCCCGUGGAUGCUGCUCAGCGGGAAGCUCAUAUAAGUGCCUGCAUGGAAGCACACGAGAGAGAUAUGGAGCUCUCGUUUGCUGUGCAGCGCAGCAUGGACAAAGUGUGUGGCAUCUGCAUGGAGGUUGUCUAUGAGAAAGCCAACCCCUGCGACCGCCGCUUUGGCAUCCUUUACAACUGCAACCACACCUUCUGUAUUCAAUGUAUCCGCAGGUGGAGAAGUGUCAGACAGUUUGAGAACAGAAUCAGUAAGUCCUGCCCACAGUGCAGGGUGCCCUCCAGCUUUGUCACUCCCAGUGAGUUCUGGGUGGAGGAUGAGGAAGAGAAGGAGAAACUUAUUCAGCGAUACAAGGAGGGAAUGAGAAAGAAGGACUGCAGAUAUUUUGCUCAUGGCAGGGGUUACUGCCCAUUUGGAGAGAACUGUUUUUACAAGCAUACAUACCACUGGGGCCAUCAUAGGCGAGGUGGUGGCCCAUCCGGCAUAUACUGGCAUCAAGUUUUGGAGCCUGUGCGGGUGUCAGAGAGCAACAUGCUCUUUAAAAGCAGUAAAAAGGAGCUUGUCAUACGUUGCCUGGCCAAUCUGUUGUUUAAGCGGUUUCUUGCAAUGAGAGUUGGUUUUCCUUUCUCUGAUGAUCAGUGGGCUUGGCUUUAUUAUCAGAUGGAAGAAUAUUUCAAUUUUAAUCCGUAGUAUCAUACUGUGGCACAUGGUCUAGUCUGCUGAGGCUCUGUCAUCUGCUGUUCUGCUGCCUGUUCUCCCUUUAUUGAUUGACAUGCCUAUUGCUUUCAGGGGCUAUUGAGGCAAUCUUUAUGCAGUGUUUCUCUGUUUUCUUGUCUAUUCCCUAUUUCUCCCCACAAGGAUUAUGAUGUUUUCUGUGUUAAAAAAAUAACAAAAUGUCCUUACAGUUACUGUUUGGUGAAAUGAAUAUUUCUGUCAGUUGAUGGUUUGUUUUGUUAUGUCUGUUUCCAACAGUAUUUACUCAGUUAUAGUGUAGUGUUUACAGAAUUUCUACUCAUUGUGAAGUUCCUCAAGAAUAAUUGUGACAGUGUGAAAAGAGAAGUCUUAUUGAAUUAGGAGCUUUUUUGCCACAAUAGCCUUAAAAAAUGGACCCUUGCAGGGCCUUGCAGCUGCUGUCUUGUUUACAUGUCUGUUUUUUCCCUCUUUCCUCUUCAAGUGCACUUGUUAACUUGUGGUUACUUUGUGAUUUCGUGUUUUACUUGACCAAAACCAAGUGCAUAUGUUUACAUGUUUUUAUCCUGUUUAGCUUGAUGUGAAAUUAUUUAUAUUUGGAAGUAUAUAUUUAAGAAUGACAUAUAUAUAUAUACAAUAUGUGUAUAAGUAUUAAAGUUAUGUAUUUGAAAAUAUAUAUAAAAUAAUAUACCCCAUAAUAUAUAUGUUAUGUAAUAAAAUAAAUGCAGAGAUGAAAGUUAAAAAUCAAAGGCUAGCAAUAUGGGCUAUUGUGUGAGUUGUGUGCAUAAUCUUUCUGUCCCUGCACAGAUGUCAGUGAUUAGCAUCUAAUGAAAAUGACUCCGUGUCUACUGCCAAUUUUAACACACUGAAAUCUUAAAGGACUUAGAAAGCAUUUUAUUAGUAAUGCCUAUGAUGGCAUUAAGAGCAUACUAUGCUUUUAUAAAUACAGAAUGUCUGUUUCUAUGCAAUUUAACCACAAUCUUAUGAUUCUUACUGACAGUAAAUUCUGGGCUCAGGUAAACAGUUCUUUGUAUUUAAUAUCUUAUGAAUAGCUAGAUAGCUGUAGACUUUCCAAGUCACUGGCUUGUGAUGGAAUUUACAAAUAAGAGUAAUAGAUGAAAAAAAGGAAAAACAAUGAAAAUGGUGAAACCAUUAAGCAUGCAAGAAUGGAAAAAUAAAAGAAUGAAGAAAAGACCAAAUGUUAAAUUUAGAAAAACUUUAAUACAGGCUAUAAUUACAUUAAAUAAAAGUUGUUUAAAUGUGAAAAGUCAAAUGCUAUAAAAAGUGCUUAAAAUUAAAGUGGAACAACAUGCUGUUUAAAAUGCAUACUUAAGAGUAUAAAAAUACAGAAGCAUAUUGGCAAACUAGAAAAAAAAAUAAACAGGUGCUGUGCCUCUUUAUGACAGACAGAUUUAUAUUAAGCAUAAACACUGCUGGAAAUAAAGAGGAAUGAUGUAUAAACAUUAAGUUAUAAUUCACCAGAAAUAUAUGAUAUUCAAAUUUUGUGCUAGUAGUAUAACAUUGUGCUAGGUGUGCAGAUAAUUGAUAAAAAAAUAUAAAAUGCAAAAAAAAAUCAAAUGCUUAUUGGAUAAUUUAAUCCAUAGUUUAGUAACUGAACAGCAAAGACUAUCAAAGAGUUAGACAACACAAUUUUAAGUACUUGAUGUAAUUGAUUUGUAUAGAAUAAUACAUACCAAUACACAAACUGCAGAGUACACCUACCUUGGCUCUUGGCUAAGAUAGCUGAAAAAAUAUAAUGGGAGCUUGAGGAUUUUCAGACUGCCGUGACUAUCCAACAAAGCCAGGCACAUUUACAGAAUUUAUUUCAUGUUCUAAGCAUAUUUAAAAAUACUGAUUUAAUUUUCAGAUCACAAAUUUUCUCAUACUUAAGAGGUAAAUGAGGUAAAACUUAGUAGGUAUGAAUUUGUAAAACAAGGGGUGAAACUCAAAUGGUAAUUUUUAGAGCUUGACUUCCCCUGCUGUCUCUACCCCUACACAGGAGCAGGUUGACUAGCUUCAUGUAGCAAUGUAUAUAAGGCAUGUAAGUCUAGAUAGUUCAGCUAGGAGGGGCAGAUGGGAGCAUAAAUUAGCUAUUUUAUCAAGAGGCUGCCAGUCUCAGUGUUUCUUAUUCUUUUUUCUGAAUGUGCCUCAGCCUCCCAUAAUUUAACAUUACCUCUCCCUUAUGUGAUUCCUUGUUUCACCUAUUUCCUCAUCCAUGUGGGAAAAGAAGAUCGCAGGUAAACAAAGCAAUCAAAAUUGGGACUUGAUGGAGCAUUUUCAAAGACCAUACUGAUACUAAAAUCUCAAAACAGCUUUGGUAGUGGCUAAGCUGUCAGGAAGGUGUUUCUAAGCUGAGACUGGGGAACUCUGGAAAUUUUAUCCUUAAUGUACACUGCCCAACCACAUGAAAUAUCAUGUUUUACUCAAAUAGUAUUUCAAACCAGACAAUCUUACUUAAGUUUUAUGAAUAUAGUGAAUCAAGUGUCAGUAGAAAAAGUGGGCUGGGGAGGCAGAUAAAGGACAAUUAAAAUCCUGACUUUGCUUCCUACCAGCCAUAUGGUAUAAGUUAUUUAAAUUCUGUUUACCUCAGUUUCUCCAUAUGAGAAAUGGGUAUAAUAGCACCUCUUUUAUAGAAUUGUUGUGAGGAUCUAAUAUAGUCUGGGCAAAAAGCUUGAAGCAUAGGUGGCAUUUUAAAAUUCCAUAUACAUAAAAGUGGAGUUUGUGAAUAUUUAUAGAACUAAUCAGCUGUUAUAUAAGAAUUAAUGCUCCACCAAGUUUUCUUUGGGGGAAUCUUUGGAAGUGGUAUUAAGAUAAAUUUAUUAUUUUCAGAUUAUUUUGUAGGCAAGGAACAUAAUGAUAUCUAGUACCCUCACAUUAAUAAUUUCAAAUAAUCUAUUUUUAGCAAAGAUCAUAUAUGUAAAAGUCAAUGUGCUAUUCGGUUACUUAAAAUAUAGCCAACAGCAUAUUAUUUGUGACAUAUACUUAUUCAAGAAAAAUUACAAAUAAGAU